AUGAGAGAAGUUCUGAGAAAUUUUAAAGGGUUAAAUGAGAUGAUGGAUUUAUACAUUCCAGUAAUUAAGAUGAAUAAAAUAUAUAUGAAAGGCCGAAGAGUUUUAUUAGGUUUUAUUAAUUCAAGUAAAUGAUUUAAGCUUCCAUAAUUUUAAAUGGGAACAGGAAAAAAGACCAUUAUUUUGAACUAGCAGAUUACUAUGAAAAAUAAAACCUUUACCUAGUACCUUAAUAAUUGAUAUAGGAUUAUUUGAUGAAAUAAUCCAAAAAUAAUGAAGAGAACAAUUUAUAAUAGAGCCUAGAAUUUAGAGAUAAGAUAUAAUAAGAAUAGAUAAAGAGAAAGGAUAAAAGUAAAAAUAAAAGGGAUUAUAUUAAUUGA